AUGAACGACGAAGGAUACACAUCUACACAACAUCUUGGAUCGACAUCUCAACCGCAUAUCUUAUCUACAAACGUAAUCCCGACCACUGGCGGAAUACAGAGUUCCUUGGGAAAUACCGAAAACGAUCGAAAUACUCCUCGUACGACUAGAGGAAGACAGAGACGACAGUCAGAGAACGAACAGCAAGGGAUUGGAUCACACAGCAGCACUACACCAAACCUCACACGUCGAUCAGCCAGAUUAUCAAUCAGUGGUAAUACCGCUUCCUCAGCUGCAGAAUUGCCCGGUCCAAGCUCCAGCAACAAGGGGAAGAAGAGGGUUCACAUCGAAGAAGAAUCCACAAUAGCGGGAAGUAGCACGAAGAAAUCUCGACCCUCGUUGACCAAUCCUGCUUCCUCAUUAAACACAAAGGAAGCACCAGCAACUCCCACACAUUCCGAUAGAAAGGGCAAGAAACGAGCAACACGAUCUCCCUCGCCCGCCAUUACCUUUGAUCCCCUUACAUCAUCCGGAAGAUCCGCUAUCAAAGGUGCAAAGAGAGCGUCGAUUACUUCUACCGGCAGUGCGCGAUACGAUCUAAGACACAAGUCCGAAGAAGAAAUUGAAACUUCUCCGUUAGACGUCACUUCAAAAGGGAAGGGAAAAGCUAAAGCGGCACAAGCUAAAGGAAAGGAGUCAGCUAAAAAAAUGCCCAAGAAGGCGAUUUCUAAACAAAAACGAACUACCGCAGGACCUCCCAGUGAGAGGAGCAAAAAAGGCGACAGCUCUGCUAGACACCUUGUCGACGAUCACAUGGACGAAGACGACUCCGCUUGGAUAGACGAACCGAGCGGAUCUCUUCGCGGCGGGGCUCUGUCAGGUGCCGGCGCUGAUGAAGAUGACAAUAUGGAAGGCUCUGACCAUGACGAUGAAGACGACGACGAAGAAGACGACGACGACGAUGACGAGGAAGGUGUUAAUGCUACCGAAGGAAACAGAGGGGGAUCAGGUUCAGGUGGAAACGCUUACGAUCGACUCUCUCGUCUUGCCAAUGAGACCGGUUUACACCUUGAUGAAGCUACAGCCGCCGCCAUUUUUGGCGGAGGAUUCCGUGCUUUUGGCGGCAUGAUGUCUGGUCUUUCGAACCGUUUCAAGAGACUCAAGAGUAAUCUACAAUCGAAGAAGGUUGCCACUCGAUUGAAUGCAUUGAGAGAAUGUAGUGAGUUGCUCUUGGUCAGCAAUGAAGAUACUCUCGGUGGUUCAUUUUCUCCAAACUCUUUCGUUACCGAGUUCAUCGCUAUUCUCAAGGGCAAACCCAACAUCGACGUCAACCAAGAUAGUGGAGACGAGGAUCAGGGCUUAGACGAUAUGGACGAAGAUGCUCAGCUCGCUGCAGCUCUUGCUAUGAGCUCAGGCGGGAUGAUGCCUUCUAUGGGCGGAGAUGAAGAUGACAUGGAAUGUCAACUGCUCGCUUGUAGAUGUCUCGCCCAUUUGAUGGAGGCACUUCCAGGUUCUGGGCAUACUCUAGUUCAUCUCGGCGCUGUUCCUGUUUUAUGUUCGAAACUUGCAGAAAUCACCUAUAUCGAGCUGGCUGAACAAACUUUGAGCACUCUGGAGAAGAUCUCAGCAGAGUAUCCCGCAGCUAUAGUUCGAGAAGGUGGUCUUGGUGCUCUCCUCAACUAUCUUCCGUUCUUCUCUACAAAUGUGCAGAGAACGGCGGUAACUGCAGCUGCAAAUUGCUGUCGGAAUAUAUCAAACGAACACUAUGCCAGAAUCAAAGAAGUCUUCCCGACUCUUCGUGAUACACUUGGAUCUGGAGAUCAGCGACUGGUCGAACAAGCUACUCUUGCUGUUGUGCGAACCAUCGAGUCGUAUCGACAUAAUGCCGAACAUCUGGAGGGUCUGCUUGAAGUUCCAACCGUAGCAGCCAUCAACGCUCUUCUCAUGCCUUCCGGUGGAUCACCUCUGGUUUCACCAUCCACUUACACACACCUUCUGAAAGCUCUCACUACGUCUGCUCGAGGUUCCGCCAAAGUUUCGCUCGCUUUCCUCGAGGCUGGCAUGACCAGUACUAUCUAUCAGAUCCUCACUGGUGUUCUACCUCCAUCGCAUGAUGAGGAUGAACAGGGUGCUUCAUCCGGUGGUCAAGGUCUCGCUGGAGGCAUAGCCGACAUGGCCGUCCUGCAAAACCUGGCACAUCGACCGAAGGAUCAGGUUGAGGAGGCUCUGGCUCUUAUAUGUGAACUUCUCCCUCCAACCCCCCACGAUGGUGUGUUUGACCUCAAGGGCUAUACCGAAAAGAGCCUGGGAAGGAUUAAGAAGGGAAGAAAAGCCGAUCGAUCGGACCGGCCUAACGCGCCUAGACGAAGCAGUAGAGUUGCUGAAGCUGUUUCUGGUACAUCAACUGGUCCAAGCACACCGUCUGGCAACAAUGCUCCUCUUCCCAGUGACUUCGCGACGCCUACGGCCGGAUCCUCCUCGAAUCGAGAAGCUGCUAUUCUCAACGCGGUGAAAGACACGAACAACCAGAUGGAUCAACGACUAGAACUCCUCAAAUCUAACCCUGAGCUCAUUGGAAAAUUCAUAAAAGCUGUUGUACCAGUCCUAGUCGAUGUCUAUGCUGCUUCGGUUGUGCUUCGAGUUCGAACAAAGGUUUUGACGGGAUUAGUCAAAGCGAUCGCUUUUGCUGAACCAGAUCAGCUCAGGACUACCCUUAAAUCCGUUCCCAUGGCCAGUUUCCUUUGUGCGAUCAUUUCGUCGAAAGACAAUGCAGGUUUCGUACAAAACGCCUUACAACUCGUCGAACUUUUGGCCACUAAGCUUCCUGAAGUAUAUCAAGCCUCUUUCCUCCGGGAAGGCGUCGUGUUCGAGAUCGACGCUCUUGCUGACCAGGAAAUGGCGAAGGAUAAAGCAGCUAGGGAGGCUGCUUUAGUCAAGAAAGAACCCGAGGAAGGGGAUCAAAACACAGCUGAACCUUCCACUAGUGUAAUCAACGAUACAAGUGUGAUUCCCGACGAGCUCAAACCACUCCUCUCUUUGGCUGGCCUGUCAGGUGGCAUAUCACUUCUCUCCGAGCAUCCAAGCGGACCUUCCAUUCCUAAGCGAUCUUCAGGCUCAUUUCUGGACCCCAGUGACUCCAACAUAGUGCGAGCUCGUGUUCUACAAGCGAAAAAAGUCUUUGAAAUCGGUGGUGAUCAUCACCAAGCCGCAUCUCAAGUCCUCGAUGAGAUCAGUGUAAUGGUACAAAAGCUUUGUCGUACUAACGCAAAUGAAGCAGAACUUCGCGACACCCUGCGAGACAUCGCGUCAAGAUUCUCUAAUGUCGAUCAAGCCUUGUCAAGCUUCGAGCUACUCAAAAGUGGCCUCGUUGACGGUCUGCUUGAAUUCGUAGACAUAGAUGGCGAAGUCAUAUCAUCUGAUAGAAGACCUAUGUUUUUCGAAGUCUUCUCCGACACCUCUCUAUCCAACCCAUCCCCUCUUACUAUGCUUGUCAAGCGUUUGCACGAAAGUUUGGGUCGACUCGAGAAUUUCGAUGUUGAAAUCGCUUUUGGCGGAAACACCGACACAUCCAGACCAUCGGCAUCUACUCUAAGCCGGACCAUGCGCAUCAAGCUACAAGCUGAAGAAGGAGAAGAUGUACCCAAACAAGUCAAUACGCUUAGCAUCACUAUACAAGCUAUCGCAUCCAUGCAAGCUCUGCACGACUACUUGCGGCCUCGAGUUGCAGAUGGAAAUUACGGGUCCGGAUUAUCAAGAAUGUUCGCCGCUUAUGCCGCUGGUAUGCCCGGAGGUGGUGGCAGCGCGACAUCGAGACUGCUAUCGGCUCUCGCUGCGGGUAGUGGCCCAGGAGGUUCGAUAGGUGGACCUGCUGGUUCCCCCUUCACUGCUACUGGGACCGCAACAAUCGGAAAUCCGACAACGGCAGAGAAGAAGGCAGAUGACGAUGUCCAGACAACUGAUAAACCAGAAGAUGGGGACAAAGCAGAAGCAUCUAUUGCCAAACCUCAACGAAGACGAAGUGCAAGACUUAGCGCACAAGGUACCGGUGAAUCCUCCGCUUCCAUUACUGCUCUCGGACCCGUGACAUCAACGCCUCCACCUACCGUCGAAGCGGAAACAGCUGGACCUUCGAUCUUACCUGCUAUGCCUUUGGGGAUGGACUUCGAUGAAGACGACUAUUCUGGGGAAGAUGAUUACGAUCAUGAGGUCUUUGAAGAAGAACUGGAGGAGGAAUUGGCUAGACCCGCAGACACGAUUGUCAAUAUGUCUGUUGCAGCUGAUGGCUCUCGAGUCGAAGCAAAAACUCCAGACGGUACGCGCGUCGCGACUCCCCAGCAACACCUUCCUGCGACUGGCGCUGCUACUGGUUCUUCAGUCGGUGGCUCAGGUACACCCCGAGGAUCCUCUUACGCAGGAGCAGUGAAGACUGCGCCGUCAGAUUGGCAUUUAGAAUUCAAUAUCAAUGGAAACAAGCUGUCUUUAGACGACACUCUCUAUGGUGCUGUGCACAGAAACCGAGGAACUGCAUUCAACGUCAAUUCAGUCGAUUAUGGUGGAAUUUACCAUAUGCCAGUGACGAUUAAAUAUAGAAAGGUGGAAGGUCCAGCCAAGACAGAUGCUCCGGUCGAAGCUCCUUCUCCCGCUUCUGUUACCAGCACAUUUCCUGCGGGUCUCGAGCCUGAUACCCCUACAUCCAAAAUUCUUCGACUUCUACGAGUCGUACAUAACCUCACCGUAGAAGGCAAGGAUGUCAUGGGGACUGCAGAUGGCUUACUUGAUGAAAAUCUGUUCGUCAACAAUAAGUUGACUGCCAAAUUAACUAGACAAUUAGAGGAGACUAUGAUUAUAGCGAGUGACUGUUUGCCAGAAUGGGCUGUCGAACUGCCAAAGCACUUUUCCUUCCUAUUCCCAUUCGACACACGUUACAACUUCCUUCGGUCGACUGCUUUCGGUUAUGGCCGACUUAUUUCCAGAUCUCAACAAGGCGGCGGUAACUCAAGGAACACUCGUCGGGAUGAUGUCUCUCACCUGGCUAGAUUGGUACGGCAAAAGGUCAGGAUAUCACGAUCACAACUAUUAGAAUCCUGUGCCAAAGUAUUAGAGUUAUAUGGAACAUCAACUGGUAUACUUGAAAUCGAGUAUUUCGAUGAGAUCGGUACAGGUCUAGGACCAACUUUGGAGUUUUAUUCUCUUGCAAGUAAAGAGUUUGCCAGGAGAAACUUGGGUAUAUGGAGAGAUGAAGAUGAGAGUAAAGAAGGAAAUUACGUCUUCCAUCCGAAAGGCCUUUAUCCUGCUCCCUUGAGCACCGCAACAAGUGGAUCCGACUCGAAAGUCUCAUGGUAUAAAACUCUCGGUUUAUUCACUGGUCGAGCUUUACUUGAUACAAGAAUAAUCGAUGUGAAUCUUAACCGAAUUUUCUUGAAGUUGAUUUUGGGUCAACCUGUCAAAAAAUCGAUUGCGACCCUUAAGGCUGUGGACACUGCCCUCGCUCGCUCGUUGGAGAGAUUACAAGGUUACCUCUUUGCUAGAAAGGAAAUCGAGGCUCUGAAACUCCCUGCUUCUUCAAGACGAAACAAACUCGCCGCUCUCACAGUCGGAGGCGCUAAAUUGGCCGAUCUCUCGCUCGACUUCACUUUGCCUGGAUAUAACAUCGAACUCGUUCCCGGUGGAUCACAUAUCGAUGUAGAUGAUUCUAAUCUGGAAGAGUAUCUCGAGAAAGUCCUUGAAGUGACUCUGGGAGUUGGAGUAGAGAAACAAGUCCGAGCAUUCCAAGAAGGUUUCUCGAUGGUCUUCGCAGUCAAGGACAUGAGAAUCUUUUCACCCGAUGAACUAGGGUUGUUGUUCGGUAAUGCGGAAGAAGAUUGGUCCAGAGAAACCCUCGAACAAUCCCUCAAAGCCGAUCACGGAUACAACCUUGACUCUCGAGCCGUUCAAAAUCUAUUAGAAGUGAUGGUUGGAUAUGAUAAAGAGCAAAGAAGACAAUUCCUUCAAUUUAUCACCGGUGCUCCCAAACUUCCAAUCGGAGGAUUUAAGGGUUUAACACCACCAUUCACGGUAGUUAGAAAGCCUCACGAGCCACCUUUUAAAGCAGAUGACUAUUUGCCCAGUGUAAUGACUUGUGCACAAUACCUCAAGAUGCCAGAUUAUUCCACCAAGGAAGUUUUGGCUUCCCAAAUCGAAAGAGCGAUAUUAGAUGGUGGAGGAUCGUUCCAUCUUUCUUAA